AUGGGUAAUCUCGAAGUUUUGUUUUUUCCUCCCAAUAUGACAUCUGUGGUUCAGCCAAUGGACCAAGGAAUUAUUAAAAAUUUCAAGCACCAUUACCGUACUCUACUAGUACUGAACUUGCUACAAGAUGGUGGUAAAAUUGAUAUUUUACAAGUAAAUCGAAUGUCCAAAAAUGCCUGGGAACAAGUAACAUCAGAAACCACUACAAACUGUUUCCGUAAAGCUGGUUUUUUAAGCGGAAAUUCAGAAAAUGUCAGUGAUGAAGAAAUUCAACAAACGAUUACAAUAAAUGUAUGGGACAAUGUGAGUAUAAAAACAACAGUGACGCUUGAUCAAUCUGAAGUAAAAGAAAUAAAAGUAACAUAUCAGAUUGUCCCUGUUGAAAAAUCCAAUAUUGGCAAUAUUUCAGAUUUAGGCGAUAUUGAAAGUGGACCAAAACAACCAAUAUUAAUGGCAUAUCCUAAAACGCUCAUUGGCACUCAAAAAAGAGGAUUUUCUAGUAGUUGCUAUAAAGAUAACGCAUGGCUUGAAUAUAGUUGUCACCUCGAUGCUGCUUUUUGUUAUUGUUGCCGGUUGUUUGCUUCUGGUAGUGGGAAUCAAGAAGAUACAUGGACAGUCACUGGGUUUUGUAAUUGGAAAAAGAUUACAAAUAAAAUAAAGAGUCAUUCAUCAACAACAAUUCAUUUAACUUGUAUGACUAAGCAAGGAAUUGCUUUUAGAGGGCAUUUAGAGGAUAAGGAAUCUAACAAUCAAGGCAAUUUCAAAGAAGCAUACAGCAAAAAAAUUUCACACACUAGCUGGAUAGUACAAAUGAAAUUGAUUGAUAUUUGUGCAGAACAUAUUAAAACAACUAUUAUUAAUGAAGUAAAGUUGACAGGGUUUGUGGCAAUAAUGGUUGAUGAAGCUAGAUCAUAUAAAGAAGAACAGUUAUCAAUAUGCAUAAGAUAUGUGAAUGGUUUAGAUGUUUGCGAACGUUUCUUAACUUUUAUUGAUGUUUCAAGUAGCCAAAAGGCAAUUGAUAUUGUUGCUGCUAUACUCAUGUUUUUAGAACAAUCAAAUAUGAAAGAUGUUAAAGUAAUAGCACAAUCAUAUGAUGGGGCCAGUGUUAUGUCGGGACAGCAUGGUGGUGUACAGACUUUAAUGAAAGAGCAUUAUCCUUAUGCCAUAUAUAUUCACUGUGUGGCCCAUAGAUUGAAUUUGAUUGUAGUAGAUACUUGUAAAAAUAUAAUAGUAAAAUGCAAGAAACAUGUUUAA